UUUCAGGUUUCUCUAUUUGCCGCCUGCCUAGCAGUUGCUGCCGCCCGGCCUCGGGCUGACAGUCCUCCCGGCUAUGGUCCUCCACCUCCGGCAUAUGCCCCAGCACCUAAAUACGCCCCUGCCCCCUACAAAGAGGAUGAGAAGCUCCCCCCUCAGCCAUUUGCAUAUGAGUAUGGAGUAAAAGAUGAGUAUACAGGCGCAGCAUUCCAGAAAACUGAGACGCAGAAUGAUUACGGAGUCGUGGAGGGAUCAUACACGGUUGACCUUCCUGACGGCCGGAAGCAGAUUGUGACCUACCAUGCUGACCACGAUGGAGGAUUUGUUGCUGAUGUAAGAUACGAGGGUACCCCUGUCUACCCUGACCCACCCAAGGGAGGAUACGGACUUUAUACCGGCCCAGGGGCAUACAAGGGACCCAAACCCGUAGUUAAAUACGCCCCUGAGCCCGCCUAUGCCCCUGAGCCCGCCUAUGGCCCUGAACCUGCCUACCAAACUAGAAGAUAAAUUAAUAAAGUGAUAAUUAGUUUUUCUAUUUUUUUAAUUAACCGUUUACUUCUGUUUAGUUAAAGCAGAAUAAAUAUAUAAUGAUGAUUUAA